AAAAUAAUAUGAACAAAACAAAUUAAAAAAACGAAAAUAAAGCAAAUUUGUGAAGUGAAAAAGUUGCGCCAAAAAUUCUUACUUGGAUAUCGCAUAAAUAGUCGAGAAUGGAAGUCUCUACACAAAUCGAGAAGAUAAUCACCAGCUUAAAGAAAACCUGCGAACUGGCCAUAAAAUGCGACAGUAACGCGAAUCUGGACGAGUUCCUGGCAAUGGCAGCGAAAAUUUCUCAAGUCGAUUUGGAAAAUGCUAAUGCGAUAGAAGCAAUGGAAUCGGCAGCAGAAGCUCAAACGGAAGAAGAAUUUGAUGUUAUUUUUCGUCGAUCCAUGGCGGGAGACGUUGAUGACGAUGCUGUGAAGCGUCACCACAUCUACAAAAACUUCGAACGCUUUACUCGUGAUUUAUUAAGCAAACGAAUGCUCUCAUCAACAACAACAGUCACGCAAACUACAGUUACCAAUGAUAUGGAAAUUACCGAAACCAGUCACGCUAUUGAUCCGAUAACGAAGGGCCCACUUGUCCGGCCGGUUCGGAACAAACAUUGCAAUCACAUUUAUGGCUAUCAAAGUGUCAUCGAUUCGUUGGCAAUCAAUCGCCGAUUAAGAUGUCCGAUGGUUGGCUGUUCCAAUAAAACUUUUGUCAGCGAACAAGAUUUAAUUGAACUGUGAACAAAAACGUUACCGAUAACGAAUUCAUUGGGCUGUAAAUUGUUGUACCAGCAGGGUUUCUUAAUAAUAAUU